GUUCGUUUCGGAUGGGUUUUUUUUUCGGUGUGUCUUGUGUUUGGCAAAAAGCUCGUGUUUAUCUCACGGCAGCAUCUACCUGAGCACUGAGGAACUGAUUUUACGACUGAGUUUACCGUCAGAGUGUGUGUGUGUGUGUUAAUGGGCUCCCUCCAUACAGUGCGGAGGGCUCCAAAUCUGGUGAUCCCGACGCGGAAAAUAUUGCGAAAGCGUGCAGCGCAACCGAUGAGCGAGCGAGAAGCAUGGAGGCACGCCGAGUACCCUGGGUGCUCACUCUGGCGCACACGCGGAACCACACGGCGCUACUUUCACUCGGUUCGGGUUUCUCGCUUGUAUGCGUGCAUGACUUCCGCAUGGCAGUGAAAGGGGUUGUGCAAAGCCUCGGCCAGACCGUACACGAAGAAGUCCCCACCGCCAACGGGAAGUUACAGAGCGAGAGAGAGCGAGAGCGAGCGAGCGAUAGAGCUCGGUAGUGCCAUCUGCCCGUGAGGUUUGGACAUCGGCGGCGUCGUCUGCACGCGCGCAAGAGUGAAAGUGAUCGGGCACGGAGAGUGAGAGUGUCUGCGGGGGAAGGAAUGGUUUGCUGGUGAGGGUGCCUGGAUCGGGUUUUUUUUUUUGGCGGGGGAUUCGCGACCAACCCCGAAACCCGAACCCAACCCCUACCGGGUUUUGGGAGCGUGGUGUGGCGUUUGUGAGCCUGACGCUGGGUACGCUGGGCUUACUCUACGUUCCGAGGUCGAUCGUGCGCGAUCGCGUACUGACGUUCCGUGGUUUUGUUGUCCCCGUGCGUUUUGGCCUGUGUGCUGUACCGAGCAGCUGUCCCUGUGUGUGCCGUCCGCCACCGUCGCCGCUUUUGCUGCCGCCAGCCAGUCGUGGCACCCUGCCCAAAAUCAGGGGGACCCGGGAGUCCUGGUUCUUGUACGUUCUAAAGCUGUGAUAAAGUGUCCGCAAGCGGCAGAGUAGUGUGCUAAUCUGCUAGAGUACCUCAGAUCUCCUCAGGGAGGGUGAAGACACAGUCGGGAGCUGUUAGACAUAACGAGUGACGAAUAAUCAUAAAUUCUGGAGUGGUUGGAGAGUAUCUCCAGGCGAACUGGGCAGCUGGGUGAUUGAAGUGAUUGGAUCUCGACACACCAAAACGUCCACAAGUGGCACUACACACCGAGCACACUACCAAGUAUACUAGAACUAGUGUCACUACGCGAAACCCGUCCCGUGGGAAGCUGUUCUAGCUCUGUGUAUGGGUGUACCGAUUCCCGAGACCGUGUUCCCGGUGUUCCCGGCUGGUUCGCGCGCGCACUUACCAACUCGCGUACGUAUCCGAUCAGUGUCUGACUGUACGUCCACUAGUUCGCAAGUUUCGCCACCGGUGUCCGGGCAAGUUUCGUGCGCUUCACGUGCGUGUGCAUCGGCUGCACCCGUGUGCACGAGUGUUAGUCUGUUCUAAGGGGGUUUGUUUUUUUUUUUCGCUGUUGUGCAUUAGAACACACACCGCUGCCGACCAUUCCGCCGCGGCCGGGAUUUGAAUAGAGAGAGCGCAACAAUACAGUGCGAAGAGUGCGACCCGCAACGCAUGGUGUAGCACGUACAAGGUCAGCACCGGCGCGGGCACAUUUGCAUACGCGGCUACAUCUGGGGGUACGGAAGUGACCGCGAGUGUGGCGUGUGGUGGUGGUAGAAACAAAAUAGUACACACCGACGCUACCUGCCUAGCCUGGAAAGCUAGGAACGCUUUGGAGAAGAAGUAGUCAAGCUUGUUCCAGUGCGCGCGGUCGUGUAGUAUACUCUCUUCCACAUCGGAAGCUCUCGGGUGAAUUCUAGCGUUCUAGCUGCUCGACCCGCCCGUUCGCCAGUGUAGCUCGGGACUUCGGAAGUACCGGGAACCCGUUCCUUGGCUGGGUUUCGUGGUGGACAACGGAUUGGAUGAGGUUGGUGGUGUCGCUGUUCCGGCAAGGGAUCUAACAUCCCUUGUGCGUCGUGCUCCGAUGUCUCUGCUCGUGGUGCCGACCGGUCCCGACGUUGCGGUUACACACAACUGCCUACCAUUCGCUGCAUGAUCUGCUGCAUCAGAAUCGUCAACUCGUUACUUGAUUAGCUUUAUCUUCCUUCUUCCCCAUUAUAACCCUAGAAGUAGACCGCCCGCCGCCAUAUUCAGUAUUCACCGGACGACUAGUACUCUAGUUCGUGUUUGUGCAUGUGUCCACGUGAGUGUGUGUGUGUGUUUGUCAGUGAGUGGGUGAUUCGGUUGUAGUCGGCAUCCUCUCGUCUACCGUCUACCGCUAACGAUAGUGCAGUAUAGCGUCAAGCUUACUAAUUAACAUGGCGUGAGUUGGCACGGCAAAGGAAAUAUCAGGAAUUAGACGCGACGUAUGCAAAUACUUAUCAUGAUGCAGUGCUCCGGUGUAUGUUUGCUGUAGUGGAAUCGAAGAAAAUUGUGCCCAAAGUGGAUGUCAGAUCAGUCUCGUUGUGGAAAAGUGUGUUGUGGGUCUGAAGAAAAAGCAAUCGAGAUAAAGCAAGAGCAGUAGUAAUAUCGAGUGUUGACUAACGGAGUGCUAGUGAGUGUCGUUUAUGCAAGAGUGAAUAAUUCUCGGUUUCGUUAAGGAAUACAUGAGUGCGAUCAUCUUUUGAGUGCAAACAAAAAAAUCGCUUCUCAUUUAAAUUACUCGGUUGAAGCGUCGCCCCAAUUCGUAAUUAACAAUGAAUAUGGAAUUUCAACCCCUACCGCCGGUGUCUACUAUGAACAUCGGCCCUCCCACGCCAUCACCAUCGCCCCACAUCCAGAUCCUCUCGAACGGUCCGAACGGUAAUGGUCCGGCCGGUGUUGCCGGUGGCGGUGGACCUGGCGGUGGCCACAACGGUAUGGGACCCGGGAACAAUGGUGUACACAGUCAGCUGCUAGGACCGAUGCCACCGCCCAGCAUCCUGCCGAUCGGUAUGCCACUGCAGCAGGUCGUCCACAAUCUCCAACAUCUCACCAACGUUGGUGGACUUGGCAUGGGCGGCAAUCCACAGCAGCAGCAGCAGCAGCAGCAGCAGCCGCAACACCAACAGCAGCAGCACCAACAGCAGCAACAGACACAUCAAAACUUGCUAACGAGCAACACUCCGGGAGCGAACGGGCUGACCGGUAUCCAUCACGGAGGCACCCAAAACUUACCUCCAACGUCACAGCUACUGCAGGCCAUCCACCAAAAUACCAGCAACAACAAUAACAAUGGAGCGAACAACAAUAACAACAACAACAAUACGAUUAAUCUGAACAACAACAGCAAUAGUAACGGUAACAACAACAACAACUCCAUCACGCAGUACCAGGUGCAGCAGCUGUGGAGACAUCACGCGUAUCUAAACGGUAAAACAAGCAAUAACAAAGAUAUCUGCGGCGAGGACAAACACAAAGAGGAGAACGACCCAUGGAACGUCGAAACACACUCCGCGUUCCUCGGCCCGAACCUGUGGGACAAAACCCUGCCCUAUGACUCUGAUCUCAAAGUGCAUCAGUAUGCUGACCUGGACGAGUUUCUCUCGGAAAAUGGCAUUCCGUACGAUGGAUUACCGAACAGUAAUCUGGGCAACUCGACCAGCCUGACCGGCCAGCGGUCGGACAGCAUCGGCCACUGUGCGGGGCUGUCGCUGUCCGGCCUCGGGCAGGUCACCACCAAACGGGAACGAUCGCCCUCGCCAUCCGAUUGCAUGAGCCCGGAAACGAUGAACCCACCGUCGCCGGCCGAUUCAAUUUUCGAUGUUACAGCGUUCUCGAUGUCGUCCACCCGUGACUUUGAUCCGCGAACGCGCGCCUUCUCCGACGAGGAGCUAAAGCCCCAGCCGAUGAUCAAGAAGUCCCGCAAACAGUUCGUACCGGACGAGAUGAAGGACGACAAGUACUGGGCGCGCCGUCGAAAGAACAAUAUGGCGGCGAAGCGAUCGCGCGAUGCGCGCCGCAUGAAAGAAAACCAAAUCGCGCUCCGUGCUGGUUACCUGGAAAAAGAGAACAUGAACCUACAUCGAGAGGUGGAACAGCUGAAGCAGGAAAACAUGGAGCUGCGCGCCCGGCUGUCCAAAUACCAGGAGGUAUAAUCUUAGCCUAGCCCGAUGCAACAAUCCACGCUACUUCUACUUCUAGUACACAACACUACUGUUACCACUACGACUACUUUUAUUUGCUACUAUUGCUACGACUACUACUACCGCUACUACUAUCGGUCGUGUCGUCCGAAUGUCCGGACAUUGCCGCUUGUACCAUCACCGCUCAUCUGCCACCAUCAGCAAGACGAGCCGGGCACUAUCAGUUAUCGCCAUCGCAUUACACUCUGGUCUACCAAACGUUACCACCGAUCACGCGGCAACAGCAUGCAGCAGCAGCAGCAGCAAGCAUCAGCAUACCAGUAGCAGUGCUGCCUAGUGAAAGGCAGCUGUGCAUCCGCAAUCCUUUCUCCUUUCUUGGUACAAGACAGCAGCACCUAACACAGAACACGGAGGAUUCAUUGGGAGUGGGCAAAAGGGAAAGGAAAGCGGUCUGUGCGGACGAAAUGGGAUCCCUUUUUUUUGGAGGAAAGUCGACGACGAGCAACACACGGUGACUCUCUGCGCUUUAGAGGAGAGCAUAUGGCUACUAUAGUUGUACGUUAUGUUUCGUUCGGUUGUUACUACUAUAGCUACCACGUAGACCGUUUAGGUUGACUAGUUGAACAGUUGAACCGUAGGACUAAUAGACGGCCCGCCGUAAAGCUGGGUUCGAAAGGGAAGAUCUAGACAUCGUAGGACCGAGGACAGUCGAUCGAUUCUUAGAAACACUUCCAUCUUUCGAUGCAGCUUCAGAAGUUAGUGAAUGAUAUUUGAGCGUAAGUCUAGAGCGAAACUGCAGCGUUAGAUAAAUUGUUAUUAUGGAACCAAACAGGAGGCGUAUGUUACAUAAAAUAUGAUUCGAACUCACACUCUCCCCCAUACUCAGAACGAUGGAUAAAUAGCAACAUACGAGAAACCUUCGUUAGGAGAGUAUAAAACAAAUACUUAUUCAAAAAAGGGGAUGAAAAAAAGGGAUAAUUUUGCUUGCGUGCGCGCACUAGAUAACACAAUAAUAGCGCAGAUUAAGCUGUUUGUUUGAGGUUUUAAUUCAAUUCUAUUUUUCUGUUUUUCUUGAGUGCGAUUCACACAGCUAGAGAUAGGGUUUUUUGUUUUGUUGAUUUCUUCCGUGUUUUCAAACUAUUAUGCUUGUGUCACACAAAACAAAAAAAACGGCGAAAAGCGUCGAGAAAGGUGUAGUUUUUAAAUUAAAUGCUGGAUUUGUGCAAUUGAUAGCUUAUACUGGCGCGAAACGGCGCUAAGAGCGGUAAGGAUAAGGUUAAGGAUAGUAGAGCCAGGGGUAGAGAACAACGUGAGCGAAGAGAUCGUUAUUCGAAACAGCCUAGAGUCAAUUGUACCGUAUUGGGUUGUAAGGUUUUCAUGCGGACUUCUCGUUGCUUUAGAUGUUCUUGUUUUGUUUUUCAUGCACACACAAAGGCGUUUUGUUUUACGUGAAGGAAUUGUGCGGCUCGAUUUGUUAAACCACAAGACGCUAGACAAGAAGCAGAGGAUCUAGUGACAGCGCUCCCUGACUCGGUAGCUAAAGCAUCCCUUUUUUCAGCAACAGUUUGUACGCUGUAUGUUGAUAACAAGAACGACGACGACGUAGGGCUGUGAGUUUAUCAAAACAAUUGGACAAACAAGCAAACCAUCAAGACUUAUCACCUGAUAAGGUCCCAUCCCUAUACCCUCAUCGAUUAGAAGCUGAACGGAAAAUACAUUAAACUCCUUACCAGCAAACAAGGAUAAUGGUUGAAUUUAAUGUUUAAAUUCAUACACCUAAGCCUUAGAUAAAUGGUUCGUCCUCGUAUCCGGUAGAGAUAUCCACACGUGGCACAUGGUGCAGCUAACCGAGGUACGGUACGGAGGCUCAUUAAAAAAAAUAUGGAUAUUAAAGGCACUUGCGAGUGUAGACGUUGGACGAAAAGAAGAAUGCCUUUGGAAUUAUCUUCCACCAACCCAUACCGAUCGAUCGGCUGUUUUGAUCGACCGGGCUGUGCCUGGUUGGGCAUGAUCCUAAUGUACAAAGCACAUCGCGAUGCAAACGACGCGAAUCCUUGAAAAUCCUUGUGAAACAUCUUUUGACGGAACUCUUCUGUACUUGCCCUCUACUUUCUCAACUUUCGAUGCUCUUGGAAGUGUCCAGGAAGCAGCUAGAGAAGCCUCUUUCGUCUUGAAAAAAUUGAAGAUCGCUCGACUACUACUAUCCUGUCAAAUCGCCUGACUCAACCACUUUUCCGACCACUCACACCUAUACCCAUCAGCGUGUUCUAGCGUUUGCUGUCCCGUGUUUUCAUCCGUGUGUAACGGGCUGGAAUAGUAUAUCGAUAGAGUAGUUGCAGAGAGAUGCUAUAUGCAGAGAAGCGGGGUGUAGUAGAAUACUGUUGGAUAAUAAUUGUUACCGAGUUAUACAAAACUUACAAUGUCUUUGGUUUCUAGUUAUCGUUAAUGCCCGUGCCCGUUAGUAACGCGGCGAGGGUCCCAUCCGUUUGGUCAUAUGUUUGGUGGUAAGUUAGGAUAGUGGACAGACAAACAGGCAAGCAAGUUAGGGCAACCGGCCGUGUAGUGAGCAUCGUAGUGCUGCAUGCAACAGUAGUCGAAUGCCGGCAGUGUAGGCAGAAGGGAAAGGAAUUAUCUUUAAAACAAAACCCCCCGUUGACAUAAAUGACAAAUUACGAUGAAUAGUAGCGCGUAGUGGAGGCAACCUUUUUCGGCCUUACGCCGGCCUUUUGUACAUACGUUCGAACGUUGAAGUUAUACUGUAACGCAUUAGUAACACUGUGUCUAGCCAGAAAAGCAAAUUCGCUCCGAUAGCCUCCGACAGAAACCAAACAAAGAUUGGCGAUUGUUUUUUUCUCGAACAGGGGAAAUGAGUGCUGCUGCUGUACUGUUCUUGAGUCCGAAUGGCAGGCGCCUCAACCGGCGAUAGCUCGUCUAGGGGUGUCCUCUGUGUCUCUGUGUCCUUUUUUUCUCCUGCUCUACGAUGCAUCCAAUCUGGACCUGCUGACUACUGGUCCGGAGUCGGAGUAAUGCAAGCAAUGAUUAGGCUGUGUGUUUCCCCGUUAAGAUGGAUGGCCGCUUACAACAAAAAAAAAAAAGAAUUCAACGCAGCUUGAUGAGUUACCGUGACCUGUCACCAACAAGAAAGACACACUCGUUAGUAACCGGUAGCCGAAUGAGAUGGAUUCGGUACCGCCAGUGCACCGUAGUAACUGUAGCGUUUCGUUUCUGCUUGAUGAGCGGGUUGAUAUCGCGAUCCUUUAGCCGACCCACCCACUGAUUCGGUACUUGAGGCAGCGCAAUAGUAGUAUAUACAAGGCAAAGCAAAGAGGAUAAAUGGUUCCGGUAGAUUGGGAGUGGAAGUGUAGCGCUGUAAGCCCCGGGAAAUAGGCAGAAGAUGAACAGUUAGUAAAUCACAAAACAAACAUCGUAUGCGAAAGCAAAGCAAAGCAAAAAGAGAGAGAGAAAGAGAAAGAGAAAAAAGAGAAUGAAAAAUUAAACAAAAAAAAAGAAGAGAGAAGAAGAAGGAAAACGAUGAACACGAGAGCAAAAAACAAUUAGUAGUCUGAUGCAAUUGUAGUGAUAGUAACAUUUAGUAAGUGACACAAGGCGAUAAAUAUGUAGUUUGAUAAGUGAACGCGAAACGGAAAAAAGCAAACAAACAAAACAAAGCAAAAGCAAAACUACCAAGUUACAAAGAAUGUUUAAAAAAAAAACAAGCCAGCAAGCAAGCAUAUAAGUAAACAAAACUACAAAAUAAUGGAACGGGAAAGGUUAAGGAAAGGUUGAGGAAAGAAGGUAGAGCAAAAGUAAAGUGCAGUAGAGAAAGUUAAAGUUGGUGUGAUGCUGACCGAAGUCUGUUGAGGGGAUGUUGUGUGUUGUAAAAGAAGAGUUGAAGAUCACAAAUGAAAGGACAAAAUGGCGGUGGUAGGUGCUCUGGAAGACGCUCAGUAAGACGUAAAGUGCCGUUUGUUAAACUUUUUUGCGCACACCUGAGCAAACACCCCCUCCCCCCCCCCGCAUCCCUCGUUCGUCCCCGCCUAACCCCACCCACUAAUUACAUUACACAAAACUGUCCGAUGAGUAGUGAAAAAUAAGAAAAAAAAUAUUAGAGAAAGCUUAUAAAAAAACACACACACAAAAGAAAUCAAACUAGAGUAUAAUAAUUUGGUUGGAAAAUUAGAAGAUUAUGCAGAGCAGGGCAAUAACACAGGGCACGAGCGUUAGUAGCAAGUUACCACCGGACUCUCACACAGCUAUUCUCAGCUCCAGCGCCUACUCUGUCUCAGGACUUUUCGCUCCGUAAUGGUGGUAGUAUGCUGUUUUGCUGUUUGUUCCAUUUGUUUGUUUCUUUUUUGUCUGUUUCCAUGGCAGCUUUUCAUUAUCAACUUUCGGUUUUUUCUUUGUACAUAGUACUCUUGUUUUCUUCCCCUUUGCAAGCAAGCGAUUCUUUUCCGUUUUUUUUGCCUUCCUGUUUUCUCUAUAGUGUUAGUAAUAGUUUUGUUUGAAACCUUGUUGUUGAAUCGUUUUUGUGAUUGAUUCUUGCGGUUUUCUCACUCACUCCCUUCUAUUCGCAACCUUGUUGUAAGGUCUAAUGCUGCCAAGUGCUGCUUACAGUUAAGCGCACCGGGGGGGACAACAUUAGUGCAGACAACAGGCAAACCAAGUUAGUGAAGCACAUCACCACUAAACACAUACACUGCUAGAAAAAGGGAUGAAAUUAGCACACACCCACAUACCUGCGCACCUAGUUAUGACUUCACACCCGGGAAGAUAAGGAAGAUUAUUAGUAAGAAAGUUGUUCGCUGGUAAGGUAAGAAAUAAUCCAAGAAGUUGGUGUAGAAAAGGGGGAAAUCACAAGAGCGAUGAAAGAAAGUCGAGAUGUAGAACAAAACAACAGCAACAACAAAACAAAUCAAACAAAAAAGUGUAGAAAGUAAACAAUAAUCGAACACACACACACCCACACCCUCUAGGUAAGCGUUUUUUUGUCGUUUUGUUUGUUUUUUCGUUUUUUAAUUGUUAUUACUUAUUAGUAGGCAGCUUUACAAUUAAUUAGGAAUGGUUAAAAAGAAAACUUCUUCUACCUUUCUUCUACUACCCCCUCUUUAGUUUAGUUUCUCCCUCCUUUGCUUCUCUAUUAGGUUUGUAAGGCUUUGUUUCCCUUUUUUCUCAGUUUGUUUCCUUCGUUUAAGUUUUUUGGUUUGUUUUUCUCUCACCAGUUUAGGACAUCGUUUCGUUUACACUUCUUAAACGCUUUGGCACCGACGGUUUUUUGACUUUUGAUAAGUUUUUUUGUUAAAUAGUAACACCAAAAAGGUCUCUAUGUCUGGGGUUUGUUUGAAUUUAACAUAUCCCCCCGUUACAUUAUGUUGAAAAGGAAGCGUUAAACAUUGAUAAGGCUAAAUUUAGAACAAAAAAAAACAGUUACCCUUUAGUAUACUUUGUAUUUUCUCUUUUCACUCUUUUCUCUACUUAAUCUUUUACCUCCUUCUUAACUGUCUAAAUCCUUAAUCUUGCUGUCUCUACUUGUACAUGUUGUUAAAUGUAGUCAAUCGUUUGCUUUCCCCCUCUUUUGUUGGUUUUUUGUUUUGUUUUUGUGAAUAUAUGUAUCGGUUUAGUGCUUAGUGCUGUUUUGGUUUCAGUUGUCCUUUCUCUUCUUACAACUCUCUUUUCUUCCUUCUUUAUAUGAUACACACACUUCACCUUUGCUCGUUUGUGUUGGUUUUUUUAUGGUUUGUGGCACGAAAACAAUAGCAGGAAGAAAAUCUUUCUUUCCCAUAAGCAUAGCAAAAAAAUACCCACAAAAUAUUAGAAUGAACUUAAAAAGAAGCUGAGGGAAUAAUUUAUAUAGAAAAUAGCAACAAAAAAUGGCCGCUUGUCAAAACAAAAAACGGAAAACAUACUCACAGAAAAGAAAGCCAGAUAAAAUAGAGGAAGGUUGGCAAAGACAGAGCCGGGUGAGGUAGAGAUAGCGCUAAGGCCAGGCGUGGAAAAUAAGACGAAACUUACGAGCAUUCACCCAUUGUUUCUAAUUUUACUAACCUUUAAGAAAUGUUGUGUUUGUCUACUUUUCCCCUCCCUCCUCGAUUCUACUAUCAUUAUCUAUCUACGAUACGUACAAACACACCCACACACACACACAUUCUAUUUCUCUCUCACUUCGAAACACACACACACGCAUACUGUUGCAUACCUAGAAAGAGUCACUGCAAAGUAAAAAAGAAAGAGCAGAAACAAAACACAACCCAGAAAUGGAAAACUGAUUAAGGGAAAUGGAAAACAAAACAAAACAAAACAAAUAUAUACAAUAAACGGGACGUGAACGCGCGCGCCCUGUUGUCAUCAGUUACGAUUAUAGUUAUUAUAAUUAAUUAUAUUAAUAUUAUUAUUAUUAUUACUUUCUAGUGAAUGAAUAACGGAUUUUUUCUUUUUCUUUUGUCGAAAAGAGAUCAAUAAAACUGUAAGCAUAGUUAAAUGUGAUUUGUUUUACUUUUAGUUGCUGCUGUGUUUGUUUGGUUCGUUCCGGGCCUUUUGUGGGCUUUUGUUGUUUUUGUUACGGAUUAGUUUUGAAGUUUUUCGAAACUUUUUCAGGUAUUUUUGGUAUCGUUCCGAGAGCUUUUAACAGGUUCCCAUACAUAAAUUUUUUUAUGUUUCCCAAAUUAUUUUCAAAUCGGUUUUGUUAUAACUUUUUAUUCGUUUAGAUAGAACUAUCACCUUACUAUGGUUUCAAUUGGUGUUUUUCCCUGCUUGGCCAAACGAUCUCUUACUCUUAGGUCAUGCCUGCCAUUUCUAGCUUGCUAAUGAUGGUGAUGUCGGUCCGGAUGGGAUAUGAACUCCGGUUCUGCCGUAUGAAGACCGGCGCCAUUCUUGCCUCGAUCACCGCCAUUUUGCCACUCCUUUUUGUUUUAUUAUAUUUGAAUUGAGACUAUGGAUAAUCUUGUGUUCCAUGAAUUCUAGAAAUUCGUUUUAGUUGAACUAAAUCUCACAAAUAUUUUGGAAAAAUCAGUAAAAAUGUUUUUUUUUGCUAUCAUCGAGAUGUUUCAAAGACUUAUUUAAUUUUUGAAAAUUAUAAAAAAGAAAUCUCAAACAACUGUGAGAGGAAAAUAAAAAUACAUGAGAAUCCGUCUAAAAACCUGGGAACGAAACCAAAUCAUGGAAAGGUGUCAACUUAGCUUCGAAAUACCCUGUAACCACAUUUUUCAAAACAAAAAAGGAUUUUAUGUACUUCUUUUCAUUUUUCGUUUAACGAUACAUCCUGGCACAGGAUGUUGCCGCCCACGGUAAGGCUGGGCGUCCUCCGAAUCCUAAUACAAUUAUUAAACGGAAUACAGGUAGUACAGACAAAAACAAGUAGUAAAAAAAAAAAAUAUUCUAGUUGUAAAUCCCUAGCUCCAUCUCCUCCCAACCCUUUAACUUAAGCCCCUACCUAAUGAUAGUUCCCCUUUCCACGCGAACACAACACAGAGACUCACCGAACUAUAUACAUCUAGCAAAAAGCACUAACACCCCGUUUUAGUGGAUUAUAUUUAGCGUCUAUAGCAAGUUUAUACAGAAGCAUUAUUAAAUGGUAGUGAAUAGUGUGAUUGUAGUGCGAAGAGCAAACGGUUUACCAGCCGCUUUUCUAGGUGAGCGAAUCCAACAUGCAACAGUAGUCGUUCUUGAUAGCCGGAAGCAGAGCUGGCAUAAUUAGUUUUCCCAAUUCUUCACUCCCUUUUUUGUUUUGCCUACCAUCCUCACGAUAAUAUUGACCGUCCUGAGCAUAAAAACAGAAACAAUAAAGUUACAUCUCUCCAUUGCGAAAACAAAAGGCUCCUGCCCCAAACAUUUCUAUCCUUUACACACACACACACACACACAAGAAGGCGAAUCAAAAUUGGUCCUUUUAAUAGAGAAAUAAAAUAAGUAAACCACAUGUUAAAUCGAUUUUUACUAAGCGCAGCUGCAACUGCUAGUGCUAGCAAAAGAUGGAAGAAAACACCCGGCUCGGGUGCGUUGCUGACAAACAUUACACAACAAUACUUGGUAGUGAAGUUUAAACGAAACCGUAACGCUUACAAUGCAAAAUAAAAUGUUACAGCAAGUAAAAAAAAAAAACAUAACAAACGUUAAGCUGACCGAGUGUCAGUGUGACUUGGGGAAGCUGAUUGAUAAUUGAGUAAAAUAAAGAAAAAUUAGACAAAACAACAAGCAACCAAGGUUUAAUCCACUGACGCUAAAGAAGGUAGCGAACUUGGUAGCUGUAGUGUUAGAAGUUAUAGCAGUAGUAGUAGUAGUAGUGGUAGUAGUAGUAACAGGUAGUUUUUGGCUUUAGUUGUAGUAGUCGAAGGUUAGUAUCUUGAGUAGCAAUUUAACUAGUUUUAGAUUGAUUAGAGCUAAAACAGGAAAGAAUUCUGUAUUGGUUUAUCUUUUACCCGUUUGUUUGGUGAUUUGGUCUUCCGGAACCAUUUGGAGUACAUGUUGAAUAAUGUUGAAUAUAUUUAUAUGUUUGUGUCUUUUUUAUUUAAUUUGGUUGAGAAAGCUGUUCUUUUAUAAUUUUUACUCACUUUUUAAUUUUUUGUAUAAUUUUAUUUAAAGUUUCAUAAAUUAAGAAAACCUAUAUAAUUUUUAUUCGUUUUCAUAUAUUUUCGAAAACAAAAAUCCAUUAUAGAAAAUUGAAAAAUCCAAACUGCAACACGUAAAUUAUAAACCGUAAACCGUGCAGCUAGCGAGACUGAAUCAAACAGUGAAAGUUUGAAGGAAGCAAACGAAACAAAUAAAAUACGAGAAGAAAACAAAAACUGUAAACAUCACAAACAAGUUUAUCCGUUUGUGCCAGGCAUGCAAUACCAGGUGUUAACGUGUGUAAGUGUGUAAGUUCGUUGUUUUCAUGUGACAGUGUGCUUGAUGUCGGAUGCGUUGAAGUGAGCAAAGCAUUGAGCUGGGAAGCUUGUGCGUAAAGAUACAGAACACUAGAACAUAAAACGAUAAAACAGGUCCAGAGAAUUUCAGUUAAUAUUUGCAGAAAAAAAACCAACAAUAGACCGACCGGAUGCAGAGGAAGUAUAUGUAUAGUACAUUAGCCUGCCAAUAAGAGUAUAUUACCAAAACGGAGAACAGGGAACGACUCAACGUGUGCAUCCGUGAGAACGUAAACGGUGUUGUUACUAGGUAUAAUACGGAUAUCAACCAAUCACGCUUGCCGGGUUGGACCUUGCAAUCAAUUCAACAGAGAAAAUCGGUAACCCAUUAAUUCAUCAAACCGACAAAAAAAAUGAAUGUGAAAAUCAGCCUUGCUGCUAAAACGAAAAAAGGCGAAAACAAUUUUAUUUUAUUCUAUUCAUUUACUGGUUUCCGUGGUGGAUAAGUAUUUUGUGCGAGAAUAAUAAGAACUAAAAGUGCCUCAUCAUCAUCAGCAAAAAAAAAAAAACAGUAAAAACAACCGAACAAACAGUUUGUCAACAGUAACUGUACGGAAAGAUCAAAUUAAAGACGGACAAGAAAAAAAAUAUGAAGAAGAGAAAGCAAACAAAAGUAAAACCAUAAAGAUGAGCAACAACUAAACAAGCGCAAAAAUACAGCAAAAAAAGAAGAAAGUAAGCAGAUUACAUAAAUGUUCACAAAAAAACAAAACGAACAAAUCUUAAUAAGAAAACCCCCAAUUAUGAAUUGUUGAACGUAAGCAAAACAGCCGUGUAUAGCGAGAGGAAAUUAAUGUCAAUAAGAACGAAACCAACAAGACAUGGUUAAAACGCAACCAUUAGUUUAGUGUAUUUGUGUGAUUCGUUUCGCGUUUUGCUGUUGCAUCAAAGCUCUACAAAACCUAUCAAAACCUUCAUCUCACUGUACUAGCUGUAAGAUUGAGCUGUAGGGCGCAAGCUGGUUUGAAGAAUUGCUUUGCGGGACGAGAAUAGCAGAAACUUGUUUUAGACUAACAUUUUUGUUUACUAAUUUUCUAACGAUAAUUUCCUUUAAAUGGCAACAAGCUCGUAGAUGUUUGCAUGUUUCUGCUUCCAUCAGCAGUACUAGAAUGUGAAGCUAUAGCGCUAUAAUACUCAGCAUCAUUCAACACACACUAACCUGAUAAAUAGAGUAACGCAUCAAGGCAUAGAAAUUUUAUCUCAGUAACCAUCUGACCGGCAAGGAAACACAGAUGGACGGAAAAGUAUCAUCCAGCACUUUAAAACCACCAACCAACAUAACAUGCAGCUGCAGAGAAGUAUAGCGAACCGUAGCGAAUAUUGAGUAGAGAGCGAAAACCGGCUGGUGUACAUUACAACUGAGCUCAUUGAACAGAGAUAGAAGUUUAUUAGCGUAUAUACAGCGGGUUGAUUAAUCGAUACACAAAACAACAACAACAACGGUGGUACAAUGUUAGGAAUUAACGUAAGUCUAAUACAUAGAGCUAUAAAGUUGCGCGCUUCGAUGCGCUCGUCAUACCACUGACAAAUGCAUCGGGGAGAAUAAGGAAAAAGGAAACACAAGUUUACAAAUCCAAUGCAACAUAUUUUAUGAGUCAUUACAUUAUAUGGCUCCGUUAUUGACGAUGUCCUAGACCUAAAGUGUAGAAACGCUUGUACGCUUAACUUACAAACACACACACACCGACUCAGACACAGGCACAGGUGGUAAGCAAGUGAUGUGCUGUUGCAUAAAAGGAAAAAUGAAAACUCCGAAGAAAAACGGUGAAUUGAAAGAGCAAACUGAUGUCUUGAAGUGAUAAAAACAAGCUAAGGUACCCAACUCACCUAACCCAAAACCCAAGUAGUGAAAACGGAAGCUAAAACCCAGACAGAUCAGAUGCUAGGAGAAGGAGUGUGUUGAAGGUGCGACGAGUACAUGGACGAGCACGACAAGCGACACGAAACCUGAAUUAGAAGAAGUAAAAGUAAAAGGCGUAGCGAAACUGCACAAACCCGGUAAAACGGUAAAGUAACUUAAUCCCAGCAAA